CUGUGCCCACUUUUUUAAGUCAAAAAAUGGAUGUGCUUGCCUUGUCGCUUCUCUUCCUCGUCGUACUCCUCUGCUCUCUCCUUCUCGCAGGAGGCCGAGAAGCAAGAACCAAUCCGGCGAUCCGGAAGCUCCCGCCCGGCCCUGCUAAGCUCCCGGUCAUCGGUAACCUCCACCAGAUACGCGGCAAUCUGCUGCACCAGUCCCUAUGGGAAAUCUCCAAACAGUAUGGCCCGCUCAUGCACCUAAAACUCGGCCAAGUCUCCGCCGUCGUCGUCUCCUCCGCCACCCUCGCCAGGGAAGUCCUCAAGACCUUCGACCUCGCCUGCUGCUCCCGCGCCCACAACGUCGCCAGCUCCGAGAUCUCCUACGGCCGCUCCGACAUGGGCUUCAUCCCCUACGGCGAGCGCUGGAGGCAGCUACGCAAGCUCUGCACCGUCGAAUUCUUCAGCGCCAGAAAGAUCAACUCUUUUGAGUCCGUAAGGGAAGAUGAGAUCAAGAGAAUGGAGAAGCGUAUCUCUUCUCGCAUCUCGAGCUCCCUCGCCGUCAACGUGAGUGAGCUCGCCCGGUGCUUCUCCUGUAACACGACAUGCAGGACGGCCUUUGGUCGAGACAUCGCCGGCGACGACCUCAACGUUUGCGACGUGAUCAGGGGAGCGCAGGAGGUGUUGGCUAGCUUCUUCGUGGCAGACUACUUUCCCCUGUUCGGGUGGGUCGAUGUGGCGACGGGAAUGAAAUCCAAGCUUCGGAAAUCCUUUCUUGAGCUCGACGGCAUCUACCAGAAAUUCAUCGAUCGCCAUCUCGACGCGAAGAGUCGAUCAGGAAGUGAAGAGAAUGAGGAUUUAUUGGAUGUUCUGCUUCGGUUGCGGAAGGAUGGACAGCUGACAGAGGAGAACCUCAAAGGAAUUCUUAUGAACAUUUUUAUAGGCGGGACGGAUACUUCGUCGGGGGUGGUGGAAUGGGCGAUGGCGGAGCUCAUCCGGCAGCCGGAGUUGAUGAAGAGAGCCCAAGAAGAAGUGAGAAGCUGCGUGGGGAGAAGCAAAGGGAAGGUGGAGGAGUGCGACCUGCACCAGCUUCACUACCUCAAACGAAUCGUCAAGGAGACGAUGAGGCUGCACCCGCCGGCGCCGAUGCUCGUCAACCGGGAAAUCAUGCACCCGGUCACUUUAAGCGACGGGUAUCAAAUUCCUCCCAAGACUAUGAUCUAUGUGAACGCAUGGGCGAUCGGCAGGGAUCCGAAUGCAUGGGAUAGACCGGAGGUGUUCGACCCAGAGAGGUUCGUGAAUAUGGAAUCUCCGGUGGUGGACUCGUUUUCGCACUAUGACUUCAAGCUGAUUCCGUUCGGCGAGGGACGAAGGAUUUGCCCAGGGAAGAAUCUGGGGAUACUAAUGGCGGAGGUGGCGCUGGCCAACCUCCUCUACUCCUUUGACUGGAAGUUGCCUACGGGAAUGAAGGAGGAGGACGUGAGCAUGGAAGAAGCGCCGGGGCUCGUUGUGCGCAUGAAGCAUGCUCUGUGCCUCAUGGCCGCCAAAUUUGAGACAAACUGAGCAUGUCGUUGACGACCUUCUCCCAUACUGUUGUGAAAUUGAAUAUGUGGAGACGGUCUGCCUGUAUAAUUUAUGUAUAAUGAAUAAGUGAAUGACAACGUUGGACUUGUAUACAGGAAGUAUCUGUCAUUGAAGAUCGAUAUUGCACUGUAAUAUUUAUACCA